GUGGAAGCGACUGCCGCCAACGGGCGCUCCUCGACGCCGAGCGACCGAUUCUCUCGAGUGCCCUUACCGCCGAAGGAUCGUCGUCGAAGGCAAUAUCCAAAAGGAAGGAAAAAGUGCACAAACAAGCGCGACACCGCGCUACGUGAAGUCCCGUCGCUCUCACUGACGUUUUCGUUGUAUUGUUAAUGAGACGACAAUUAGUUGACGGGAAUUAACCUCGCGGCGUACCGAGUGACAAGCAGAUUUCUCAACGAAGCGAUUUAAUACAGCCUGCUCGCUUGAUUUGGUUCCUUAAUUCCUACCGGCGAAUGAAAACUUGCAUUUAGAUGUAUAAUAGACCUUCUUGCCAUGCAACGUUAGCUGUUAAUACACAACUCGCAUGAGAGUGUAAAAGUUUGAUUCACCUUGUGAAUAUAUGAUGAAUAUAGCCUGACAUCAAUAGAGUGAUUUAUGUUGCAAGACCAGCAUCGGAGGGGCAUUGUAUUAUAGAAAAUGAGUGAGACCAUCCCAACGAAUGAUGUACCUGAGAGCAACGGCGCAAUGGAGCAAGCUGCUUACAAUGGGGAAACAGAGGAACACACCACCAAGUCUCCAGUGAGUAUAGAGGAGAAGGCCCCGGAUUCAGUGUGCGACAAUGGUGUAAAAAGGAGUGCCACUGUCACUGGGAACACUCCGAAUAGAACAAAAAAACGCAAGAAAGCUCCCAGAGAUGCUACCGCACCAAGACAGCCUCUGAGUGGUUACUUCCUGUUCUUAAAUGACCGAAGAGAGAAGGUCCGAAACCAGAAUCCAAGCUUAACGUUCACGGAGAUUACAAAGCUUCUAGCUGCAGAAUGGAGUAAAUUGCCGAUCGAUCAAAAACAGCAUUAUUUAGAUGCGGCUGAACAAGACAAAGAGCGCUAUAAUCGCGAGUUUAGUGAUUAUAAGCAAACAGAGGCGUACCGAUUGUUUAAUGAAAAACAAUCAGAAAGACAAAAUGAAAAUAAGAAGGAGAGAAACGGCACAGACGUAAAUGCUGAACAGAAUGAUGUUCAGCAGGAUAAGGACAAUGACUUCACAGGCUUUGAUAUCCCUAUUUUUACAGAAGAAUUCCUGGAUCAUAACAAAGCCUGUGAGGCUGAAUUGAGACAACUGCGAAAAGCUACGUCCGAUUAUGAAGCUCAGAAUGCAGUUCUCCAGCGACAUGUAGACAGUCUACACGCAGCCGUGAAUCGUUUGGAGUCCGAAACUAAUCAACAACGAACGACCAACCAAGCUCUGCAGCGUCAUUUGGAUUCUCUUCGUUCUCAAUUGGCAGGCUGCUUCGCCACCAUACCGCUUCCAGGCACGCACGACGGUGCUACGUUACAAAACAUCGACAGUUAUUUCGAGAGAUUGGACUCUCUAUUGAGUGGCAAUGCCGAACAAAGUCUACGUAAUGCCGUACGUGGUGCUGUGUCUCGUCUUGAGUUAAUUGGAUGACGAUCGCCUCCGGGCAAUACAACCAGUGCGUCGGUCAAACAUCAUCGUUCGAGGCAUUCACAUCGAAAGUAACAGAGAAAAUUUAGAUAUUAUUUUUAGCAGUUUGUAAAUUCCACCUUCUUAUACCUCACAGGUAGGACCGACGAUUGCCAGUUAUUUAAAGUGAAUUUACGUGUGUGUCGCGACUAAUUAAUACUUGUAUCUUUAUAGUAUACGUGACAAUAAUUUACACUUUAUUUUAUAUACUUAUUUUGAUCGAAAUUUUGUUUCAAAUAUAAUCUAGGUAAUAUGAAUUUGAGCCAACUUGUGUAUUUAUGUACAUUGAAAUAGUCCAUCAAAUUAUUGUUAAUUCUCGGUGAUUAAUUUAAAAAUUUAGAAAAUCUAAAUUUGUCAUUAGAAUAUUUAACAUUUAUUAAUUAUUAUUAAUAAAUUUUUGUGAUCCUAUCA